AUGCUCUCGUCGGGGCCGAACAACAGCUGUCGAACAGAUGCGGGACGUGAUGCUGUGGCCGCCGGUACAAUAAUAUAUAUAAUCGCGCCGCCGUCACUGCAACCGUCCGAGUGCAUGGCUGCGGACCGUGAUGAUGUUUGCAGGCGUCGGCCAAAGUUGAUGGAACUGGUGCCCGUCUCGUGUACCGUCCGCCCGUCCAGGGCAGAGACGCCGCCGCCGUCGCUGAAGAGGACAAAGCUCGAGGACCCGCCGCCAGCUGUGCCCACGGCGGCCUACUACUCGGCGCUGGGAAUGGCGCCCACGCUGCCUAACUACAUGGUGGACCCAUUCCACUAUUUUUACGGUGCAUGGGUGCCGCCACCAGCGGCCAUGUACAUGAACAACACGCAUCACCUGUACAGAAACGACAGUAUGAUCAAGAGGGAAAGACCGCCGAGGCUAGUGGACCCGCAAAAAGUCAUAUCGCACACGCAGUCCGAACAGUUCAGCAGGAGUUUUCAACCGAACGUCGCGCUGGCACCGCCCACCAAACAUAACGGCAACGCUAACGCAUCCAAUCUCUUGGGCCUUCACCACAACCAUCACCACCAAAACGCCAACAGUGCCAACAUCAUCAUCAACAACAACAAUAAUAAUAACAGCAGCAGUAAUAAUAACAACAACAACAACACUGCCAAACCGACGGUGAAAUUCAAAUACAAAGACGACGGAGAACAGGAAAACAAGGACAUCGUCCCAACUCAAGAUUCCGAGAGGAGAUAUAACAGUGUCGCCGCCAGUGUCAUGGAGCAAGUGGCCGCUGUAUUAGACGCCUUGAGCGAUGCCAAGGAGACGACGCGACAGCAAGUGAUCGGAUUGGUUGAGCGGAUCGCUCUGCGGCUUGAAAAAGUCGAGUCGAAAAAUCAGCAACUCGUCCGGGAGAACGAAUUACUUAAAAACCAAUUGAACAUGAAGAGGCAUACGAACAAAGAAGACCCAUUGUUAGUAGACGACUGUACGAUGAUCAAACGAUGGGAAGACGGCGGUGGUAUUGACCAAGAACAUAGCAAAUCAAAUAGUUUGCCAUUGAUGAACAAGAGGUUUAGUCCAGUGUCCGUGAUAACCUCACCACCAUGUCAGCCCAAAACACCUCCACCUCAUAAUUUACAGUCCACUACAAUGGCUGCCACCACCACUGCUACCAUCACAGCCACCUCAGUGUUGAUCAAAUCGGAAUCCAUCGACUGA